AUGACGCGCAAGCUCCCAGCUCCCGUCCCAACUUUCUUCACCCAACACAACACGACGAUGACGCUCUCCAACCUCGACCUCGUGCACCAAUGCGACGGCUUCCCCUACCCCGAAUCCGACCCCGACGCCUAUCUCACACGCACAAACACAUACUACCAGCUGCGUGUCUCCGGCCACGACUAUGCACUCGGCUACAUGCUGCCCAGCGUCGUCGAAGUCUUCCGGGGCGUGAAGAAUUGGCACGUCGACGACGAUGAACGCGAGCUCAUACUGACUGCUGGAUCGACGGCCGAGGAGCGCUCGAAAGCCGUGGAGAUAACGCUGCUGGCGAUGCGCCAGCUCGAUCACUUUGAGGUGUUGAAGAAGUGGCGCAACGAGCUGUAUGCGGUGUAUGGCAGGGAUAAAGAGCUGCUGUUUAAUGUGGAGAGGAGCGCGAGCCCGCUGUUUGGCGUCGUCACGUAUGGGGUGCAUCUCACUGCGUACACAAGGAAUGGGGAUACGGGCGAGAUCAAGAUUUGGACGCCGAGGAGGGCGAGGACGAAGCAGACGUAUGGGGGUCUGCUGGAUAAUGCUGUUGCGGGCGGUAUUGCGUCAGGCGAAUCGCCGUUUGAGAGUCUCGUUAGGGAAUGUGGGGAGGAGGCAUCACUGCCAGAAGACCUGGUGCGGUCGAAGACCAAGGCGGCGGGGACGGUGACAUAUUAUUACAUUCGCGAUGAGCGCGCGGGCGGAGAGACGGGUCUCAUGCAGCCAGAGUGCCAGUACAUAUACGACCUGGAGUUACCGGAGGAUGUGAUACCGAAGCCUGGGGAUGACGAGGUCGAGGAAUUCUACCUGUGGACAGUGGAUGAGGUCAAGCAAGCUAUGGAGAAUGGCGAGUUCAAGCCGAAUUGCGCGCUGGUCGUGCUCGACUUCCUCGUCAGACACGGCUUUCUGACCAGCGAGAACGAGCCCAACUUCAUCGAGCUUGUCAGUAGGUUGCACAGGAGACUGGAGUUUCCAACGUUGUAGCUGCAGGAGAGGUACGCCAAGAGCUCGACUGAAAGUCUUUAUGAGGCAGAUCUAAAGACUCCUUUUGUGGGUAUACGGACGCCAAAUAGACACAAAUCAAGACGAGAUGGUACCUGUUACCACCACAUAUGCCGCC